CAAUGCAUGCAUUGCCACGGACUAUGUGCAGUACAUCCUACAAGUCCGCCCAGGAGAUCCACGCCUCAGCCCGGCCGGUCCACGCCGCCGAUGCAUCAGUCGGGUCUCGCGGGUCUGUCGGGCCUGUGCCGAGUCACCGACCACCUCUACCUCAGUAACGCGCGCGCGGCCUCGGACUCCUCCCAGGUGACCCGCUGCGAGAUAAGCUGCAUCGUGAACGCCACAGAGACCAAGAGCCGGCGCCCUCUUCACCCCGGCGUGGAGUACGUCCACGUCCCGGUCUCCGACUCCCCGGCGUCUCCCCUCGACUCGCACUUCGACGAGGUGGCGGAUAGGAUCCAGCGGACCGCGGCGCGCGGCGGCCGCACGCUGGUGCACUGCAACGCGGGCGUGAGCCGCUCCGCCUCCCUGUGCAUGGCCUACCUGAUGAAGCACCGCGGGGUGCCCCUCCUGGAGGCUCACCAGUGGGUGAGGAGCUGCCGGCCCGUCGUGAGGCCGAAUAACGGCUUCUGGAAACAGCUCAUCCGCUACGAGGUGGAGCUGCGUGGCUGCGCCUCCAUCCGAAUGGUGUCCUCCUCCAUGGGAGAGGUACCGGACAUUUACGAGCAGGAGGCCCGAAACAUGAUGCCACUGUGACGAAAAGCCCCGCACUGCCUCGUGGGGGGGUGGGGGGUGUAUGUUGAGUGAUUAACUGCUGGUCUGUCAUCUAAAACAAACGUAAAGUGCAAAUACGUUUUAAAGGAGAGGUCUGUACUCCAGACUCCGCUAGUAGCCAGUUUAAGUUUAAACCGAUUACAAAACCAUGCGGACCAAAACCAUCUAGCUAAAGACUUCCAAGUGCCCCUUUGGUUGCAAAAUAGGUGAAUUAGCUCCAUCUUGACCAUCUACAGCUUUGAGUUGUUGCAGCAUUGCUAUCCCCUAUUACAGUAGCAUCUAUAAUAUACAUUAGUUGCAAAUUUAAUGCACAGCCAAGGUUGUCGUUUGCUGUGUCAACAGGCGCGUAGUGAGGAAAGCAGUGAACGCCAUAAAUCCUUUUAUUUUAGAAUCUGCCCGACCGCAUUAGAGUUGGUGACUCCUGAUACUUUCUAGCAGAUUCUGGUGCUGAUUUCACUCAGAGGAAAUUACUUAACAAAUGUGGUGUUUUUUUUACAGCUUCCAAUAAUAAAAUGCAUAAUUUGGGAAA